CGCGUAUCAAAUAUGAUACUUCUCAUGAUGCAACGGGCCAUCCUCUUUAUUGCCGAUUCGAUGCCAAUUUCUAGCUAAGUUGUCUAUUCGCGCGAAAUAUGUAAUGAAGUGAUUCUACUGCCAGCCAUUAAUAUAUUCUUAUUAAAAAGUACAUACCUAUACGCAUACAUUGCGGCCUUCUUUUCUUUGCAAAGGAGACAUCGUAGCUCCUAUUCAUGUCUCUGGGUACGUGGGGUUUCCCGCAUCUGCAAAAGCCCGCUAGGACCAUGUUACCGUCACAAAUGAUAUGUGACAGAGCAGCCACAGCGAGGCCAUGGUCGAAAGUUGGCGUGGCACAGGUCCAAUAUCAGGCAUCAAACACCUAAUUAGUUUGCUGGCCUCCCCUCUUUAUUGCAAACGGAUUUUAGCCACCAACUUCCGGCCAUAUUCAGUUCUCUGCUCAAUUAUCAAAGCGAUGAAAUAUAAGAAUGGAUAUCGAAUUGAAGUCGGCUCGAUUGGAGCUACUAGAAAUCCAGGCGAGACUGAGUUGUCUCUUGGGUGAAGUUGAUACGAUUAUGACCAGUUCGUCCGUCACAGGCGAUAUAACUCCAACACAUACAACGGCAACGGAUGAGACUCUCAGUGACCGUCGCUCUCCACCACCGCCACCACAAAAGGAGGAUGUGCCAUGGCCCGGUCACACAUUCAUCAUCCGGGACCCAGCGUCAGGACGACAGGUUACUCUCGUGCGUGGAGAGCUUCGAAUGGAGGAGCAUAUGGGCGAUCAGGGAGGAUAUCACUGGAUCUGUGUCGAAAAGAAUGGAUGGCUAGGCUUUUGCGAUCCCGUUCACGGCACUUACAUAGGUCAUGAUAGCAUGGGUUCCUUUAUCUCCCAGGUCAAGCAUCACAAGACGCACGAGUAUUUCUGCGCGAGGAGACACCCGGAUGGUGGUUACAUUCUUUCGUCGUUGACUGUUCAGGGUCUCUCAAAGAUGACGAUCGGAGAGGACGGCCAGAAGCUGGUGCAGGCGGAGGGGACUGCUUUUGAGUUCAUCAAGGUGUAGGGGAAGAAACCUCAUUUUUCUGGUAUUUCAGUUCUUCUCGUUCUUCUGGAGAUACCUAGGGUAUGGGCAAUUUACCUGGUGCAUGGCACUUACGCGAAUUAAGCCGAGGAACACUAUGCUCAGCGGCGGAGCGACCAAGUUUUGGAGGGAAUGGGCAUCGUGAAACUAACCCUACAUCAUGAUUCAAACGGGACAAUUGCAAUACUGAAUUAGAUCAAUUUCCAACCACAUUCAAAUUAUACCACGAGACGUGUUCAUGAAUAAGGUCGUGUUGGAGGCUUCCAGGCCCCAAAAUCGAUACCUACCUACCUAGAUCAGAACAAUAUCGCGCGAUGAAUACAUGUACGCGCCUAACCCAAUCACUAGGAUUUGAUAUACUUACAAAUUGGAACCCUCC